AUGCCAGCGAACGAGCUCAUGCGUCUCCUCUGUUUGUGCAUCAUUGCGCAGGGUUGCUCCACCAUGGGGAGGCGAUGCUGCACCGUCAGGAGUCAGGGGGGGCAAAGGGGCAUGGGAACUUUCCUCCGGCAUGGAGCGGGGAAGAAAGUGAAGGGAAUACUGGCCUUGCGAGGAGGGAAGGAGUACUCGGACUUCAGUGAAUCGUUCCAGAGCAGCCUGGAGGAGAGGAUCGACCCACACGAGCUCGACCAGCUCCUCACGGACCACCUGCUGUUCAUCGAUGAGGACAAGGCAGAAACUGUAGCAAUGAGGGAGGGAGUGCAGAAGGAGAAGAACAAGGAGGAGGAGAUACCGGUGCUGCCCUCUGAUGAGUUCAAGGCAGGAAAGAUGGAGGAAGAGGGAGGGGUCUUGCGUCCUCUGACAGAACGAGGGCUCCUCACCAUCGAGCAGCAUGAAGACGACGGCAUGUGGCACUUGCACUGGACCUCCCGCGUACCGAAUCGAGCCUCCGUCGGUAAGCUAGACAUCCUCCUCCUCUCCGGCGACGGCUGGAUCGAGAGGCUGAUGGACUGGAAGGGAGAGCCUGUGACUGGAGCGAGGAUCUACCGAGUCGGGCUGAACUCAACCGGGAGGGUGUACUACUUCUGGAUGCAGGAAGCGUCGAUCGAGGUGGACGACGUGCUGUUCAACCGUGUCGAUCAUAUUCUCAACCCUCCCACCUACAACGAGAGCUUGGAGGGAUUCGGAUGGCGUUGGACCUCUCAUCUCAACAUCAGCUUGUCUCAGGGGCUGCACAAGGCGCUUGUUGGCGUGCGGGAUGCAAAUUUAGAGCUCCCCAACGUCCCAGCAGCGCAUGACGAGCAGUGGAGGAGGGUUUCAGAAGUUCAGUCGCACAAGUACCGCCAACACUGGAUCGUCUAUAACCGAAUGCAUCCUCCUCAACAGGCCCAGGACAAGGUGGCGACUCCCCGGCUGAUCCCCAUGGGAGGCAAGCACCCCCGCUUCUGGGAGAAGGACGGGGCAACCAGGAUCACGCACUGGGACCCGAUCUCUAUCACCUGCCCGACCCCAGGAGCAGAGAUCUACUACACCUUCUGGCCCAGCAUAGACUACUACUGGAAUGUAGAGGAUGCGGACGAGACCCCUUGCGAGCUGUCGUGGGAGAAGUACCAGGGGCCGUUCUCGCUACCGUUGCCUUACUUCUUCGAGGAGAAAGGAUAUGAGGACUGGAGGGUCAAGGCGGUGGCUGUGAAAGAGGGGAUGACUCGCAGCGAUGUCGUAGCAGGGGAGUUUGCUGUGGUGACACAUAAGGAGGACCUGCCCAAGGUCAGGUAUGACGUGCACAUGCGGUUACGACACGUGCUGGAGAACUCUUCGCACCCGCUCUUCAUCGAGUACGACAUGAGGAUUCGGAGAGCGUGCUAUGCGAGAAAGAAGCACUGGGAGGCACAGUUGGAGAAGCAUGCGAGCGGCGAGAUCAACGAGUUUACGGAGCAGCAGGAGAAGCAAAAGCACAGGCAGAAGCAGGAGUAG